GUUGGUCAUUAAAACCCACCAUACAUAACCUCCUUCUCUCUCCCUUUGUUGAACACUUUGAAUCAAACCAUCAAAACUAAUCAAACAGAGAAAACAUGGCAAGCUUGAGAAGAGCUUUGAUCAGCGCCCACCGAGCUCUCAAGUCUAGCAACUCCAUCUCACCCACUCACACCCAUCUCAGGCCUCAAUAUUCUACUGGUGGCUUAGUUCAGCGAUCUUAUUCCACCGAUAACACCAGCAAUCUGCAUAUCGACCUUUCUAACGAAGAGAGCAAGCGGCGUUUAUGUAAUAGAUUAUUGUACAGGAGCAAACAGAGAGGGUUCUUGGAGUUGGAUUUGGUUCUGGGUAAAUGGGUGGAGGAUCAUAUUCAUUCCAUGGAUGAAAAUGGAAUUAAAGCACUUGUGGAUGUUCUUGACGUUGAAAACCCUGAUCUGUGGAAGUGGUUAAGUGGCCAGGAGCAACCACCCGAGGCACUCAUAACUAAUCCGGUUUUCACUGCAGUGCGCAGCAAGGUUACAAACAACCUGGACAGCUUUGCUGCUCCUGAGACGCGAACAACACCCGGGAACCCAUGGGUUAGAGGAUGGGAUGAUAUAAAGAAAUAUAAGGGCGGCCCUAUUACCGGGAACCAGUAGUUCUGUCAUUUCCUAUACCAGCCUAAUUUCAUACUGUGUUCAAUUUAUGAAGGAAUAUUAGAUAUUUAGAAUUAGCCAUGCCUAGUCUUUAUCAAUAAAAGCACCCGCACCCUCCUGGGGACAGCCACUGUCUUCUCUCAACCAAUAGUCUCCCUUGGUUUGUAUUUUCUCGUGUAGCCCUUGUUACACGUAUCAGAAUGUAUCUGAUUUUACUCUCCGUUUGGAUCUGCAUACUAUCAUAAUGAAAGAAAAUAAAAUUCAAUUACAUUUCGAAGGUGCAGUUGCCAGAAACCAAGAUGAGAAAGG